AUGCCUACCUCGCCCGUGCGCAGGGCUGGGUCGCGGUCCUCGACGCCCACUACUGGGACGAGGCGGAGGGCGGCUACUUCUAUACGCGACGACGGCGAGGCGAGCAUCAGCCGCACCAAGACGGCCCACGACGCGGCGACGCCCGCCGGCAACGGAACCAUGGUGGGCGUGCUCGCGCGCCUCCACUAUCUGCACCGGCGAGGCGGCUAUCGCGACCGCGCCGAGGCGCUGGUCAAGGCGUUCUCCGGCGAGCUGGAGCAGAACUUCUCACCCUUGUCGACGCUCGCCAACAACAGCGAGAUCUUGCGCCGCGCGGUGCAGGUGGUGGUGUGCGGAGAGCGAGCGGAGGAGGGGGACGAGUGCCCUCGUCGACGCUGUCUACGCAACCAGCCUGCCCAACCGUGUGCUGAGCGUGCUCGCGCCGGCGAAGCGCUGCCUCUGGGCAUCCCGCCUCGGCAAGGGCAGCACGAGGGCAGCCCGCGGCCUACGUCUGCGUGGGCCCGGUCUGCUCGCUGCCGGUGA